AUGAUCUUCGAACUCUCGCUACUGGCCGAAAGGCCUACAAGAAUAGUCGGUGGAACGAACGCGAAGACGGGUCUUCACCCUUGGCAGGUCUCCGUGCAUUGGGGGGAUCCCGAUCGAGGGUUAGAACAGCGUCACGUAUGCGGAGGGAGUCUUCUGACAGCGGGUUGGGUCCUGACCGCCGGACAUUGCAAGACCCUCGCCCCGCAGCAUCCUCGUCCCUUGGGGCGUUUUCUUGUUCUGGCCGGAAAGUAUAAGCUAGGCACAACCGAGGAUACUGAACAGAGCAGCCGUGUCACCAGGACCUUCAUUUAUCCAGGUUACUCGGGUACCGUAGCGCCGUACGAUAUCGCACUCAUGAAACUGGAAAAACCGUUCGAGUUAAACCCUUUCGUGGCAACCGUGAGCUUACCAUAUCCAGAAACCAUCCCUCGAGGCGACGCUAUGUUGACGGGAUGGGGUAGCAUCGGCCGUGGCAAGAAUUUCGACGGUCCUAUGAUCCUGCAGGAAGCUGUACUCCCUAUUCUUGACUACGACAUUUGUAAACGCGCCCUUGAUAAGGCUCUACGUCACGAAGGACGAAACCCUUUGCACCCUACUAAUAUCUGCACAGGUCCCCUGGACGGUACGAAGUCUGCUUGUAAGGGUGACUCCGGUGGACCUUUAGUAACUGAAAACGCUUUUGGCCAAGCCGAGGUUAUCGGCGUCGUAUCCUGGGGGCUUUUUCCUUGCGGAGGUCGGAACGCUCCCUCGGUUUAUACCCGAGUAUCCGCUUACGUUACGUGGAUUCAUAAAAUAAUGCUCAAUCAUUAGUUCGAAUGUUAAUAAAACCAUAUAUUA